AGGAAGUUGAGCGAUAAAAAUAAAAUAAAUAAUAAAAGAAUGGAACAGGUGUUGAGACAUUAAGUUUGUUCGACAAGCAAUUAGUCAUCAUCCUAAAUUAAAAGUAAACAUAACAAUCUCAUCGUCCCAAGCACGUUAACUACUGUCAAGGAAAUAAUGGCUGAAAGUAUAGUGUCAGACUGGAUUAAUGAUUUUAAUGGAUUAGAACCCCAACAAUUAAGGUCAUUUGCUGCACUUCAUAACGAAAAUCAUGAACUUUCGCAAGCAAUUCAUACAAUACUCAACGAUAAAUCCAAACAUCAAGAGUAUCUACAUCCGAUUUGCAAUCAACUGUACAACUUUUAUCGAUCAAACGAGAAUGAGCUUAAGUGCUUUACUCUUCAAUUUUUCCCGAAUCUGAUAUAUCUGUACCUGAAUUCUAUUGCAUGUUCAGAGAAACAUAACUAUCGCUGUGUUGAGACAUUAAUUUUAUGUGCAUAUAAUAUUGAAGUGUGUAAUGAAAACGGUUUACUUAAGUCUGUUUCUUAUCGCAUGCCUGUACUUGCCCAAGCGUCCAUUUAUCACGAGGAGAAAAAUCUGCAUGCUAGUGAUCUAAAGAGAUGGGAGGAGCAUAGCAAUAAGGAAGUCUCUUGGCGAUCGUUACAUCAAGUCUAUAAAAUCACAGCACAGAAUCGAUUGGCCGUGAUGUCAGCAUUAAUGUUUAUAUUUAAUCAACAACUUAGCUUAAUUCAAAAGUCAGCAUUAUAUCAUUUAUGUAAAAAUAGCUCAAAAUUAGCAGCCCAGGGAUUCAUUAAAUAUGGGCAUUCGUAUCGAUCUUCUUAUGGAAAUGAUCCAAUGAAUACUUCCAUUUCGUCAGCUUCUUCCACAACAAGUGCUCCAAAUAUUAAUAAAAUGACUCCAAGAAUUCCGUUAUCACAGCAAUUUCUUUUAGAAGUCUUAAAUGCAAUCUACUUUGCAAUGUUUAAUGAAUUUGCCUCAGCUGGUAUUCAAACCGUCGAUGAUAUUCAUAAUCGAGCAUGUUACGAACUUUAUUCUGAUGUGAUAUUAGUAACUACUGCUAUAAAGAACUCACUCCAAACCAAUCCAUCAGGACAACCGAGCGAUGGAUUAAUGGGCAUCUCAGUUGCUUUAACACCGUCAACGAAUGUUGUUACAGUUUCGAAAUCUAUGAUUACCAAUGCAUCAUUUAGAACCAAGAAACUACCAGAUGACAUUCCAAUUCAAAUUGAUAGCAAUACAAGUGUGAAUCAAUCGAAUCCAAGCGCGCAAUCACAAGCGCAACAACUUGGAAGUAUCAAUGAGGAACAAGAAAGUGAUACAAAUAGUGCUAAGCUUCAACAACAGUCAUCAACAACAAUAGUUCCCACACAAAAGUCGAGUAAAGAAGCUUCGAAGGGUCAUAAGACGGUGGUUAGUGGUUUAAAGAAGCUAAUAGAUCGUGAUAAGGAUUCGAAGGAUAAAGAUAAGGAUAAGGAUGAUGAGGGCAAGAAAAAGGAAAAGGAGAAAGUUGAGAAAGAAUUAAGUAAGGCGGCAAGUGCCAUUAAAAGUGGAUUGAAUGAUACAAAAGAGAAUAUGAAAAAGUUAAUGGGAAAGGAUAAGCAGAAUAGUAAAGCAUCAUUACAGCAACAGACGCAGUCCAAUCAUCAUGAUGAACAUCAAGCUUCUGCCAAUAAUGGAGACAUCAAAAGUUCUCCACUUGUUUUAAUGAAGCGAUCGAGUGAUGUGCUGUCUGACGGCCUUGCAACAGAAGUUUCAUUUACUAAUGCUGUCGACGGAGUCAUUAGUAAUAACAAUGGCACUGGAACUCACGGAAUUAUGUCACCAUUCGAUUCAUUUAAUAGCGAUAGCGAAAGUGAGGUGGAUCAUCCUCAUCAGCAACUCUCUACGUCAUCGUCAGCGUCAGUCAACAUAAUGAUGGACAGCAAUGCGAAGAGUUUAGGUAACGUGCAAGUUAGUCAAGUUUAAAGACACGCAAAAAAUUUUAUGUCAUGUGAAAUUGAAGAUAUUGAGCAUCAUCAUCACGUUGACGGUUCAAUUGGGUAAUAUGUUUCUUUUCCUUUCCUUUACAUUUCCAUUCAUCAUGAAUAAAGUAUGUUUUUCCUUGUUUAAUAUUUUUAUCAUUAUGAUUAUUUUUGGAUGUUGGAUGAUAGAAAACUUUUAAGCAUUUUUUUUAUUUUUGUUAUUAAUUAUCACCGUACAUUGUUUUUCAUAAAUAAAUAUGAACUUAUGACUAUUAUUUUUUGUUAUCCUGUUAAAGAGUUUUCUUUUAUUAUUCCAUAUUAUGCAUUAUUAUCAAACUUGAGAAAGGUUUGACAUUUCGAAUCUAUUAGCAAUUAAAGAGAGAAUAGUUAAAAUAAUCAAAUUAAUUGGAAUGAACUGAAAGAGAA